UUAAGAAUGAUUGUCUCUCCACCCUGACGCCAGUGUCGUAUGUUCCUUUGCGUGCUGUGGUGAUCCACAUUCUGUCGGUUUGGGAAGAGUAGGGAAAUACAUAUCAGGAGAACAUCGUAAGAAAAUGAUCCAUUCACGUGCAAACUUAUCUUUAAAUAGUACCGGCAACUUCACCAACCAGUUUGUACAGCCGACAUGGCGCGUGGUGCUGUGGUCUUUGGUGUAUACUCUCGUCGUCGUGGUCGCCGUUAUGGGCAACCUUAUCGUCAUGUGGAUCAUCCUAGCACACAAAAGGAUGCGCACGGUCACCAACUAUCUCCUUUUCAACCUCGCCCUCUCCGACGCGAGCGUGGCAUCUUUCAACACGCUUAUCAAUUUCGUGAGUGCACUACACGGGGACUGGUACUUUGGCGAAGGGUAUUGUAAGUUCCACAACUUUUUCCCGGUGGCUGCGGUGUUCGCCAGUAUCUACUCUAUGGCCGCGAUCGCGGUGGACAGGUACAUGGCGAUUAUCCACCCCCUGAAGCCGCGACUGUCAGCGACGGUGACCAAGGCUGUGUGUGUGUGCGUGUGGGCCCUGGCCGUGAUGCUGGCCCUGCCACUUUGUGUCUUCUCCACCGUCAUCGUCAUGCCACACAAAACCGUCUGCCACAUCGUCUGGCCCCGCGGCCCGCAGGACGCCGUCAUGUACCACAUCGUGUUGGGUGUGCUGGUGUAUUUGCUGCCCCUGAGCAUCAUGGGAGUGGCGUACAGUAAGGUGGCUCUGAUCCUCUGGGGGGCAGAGGUCCCUGGAGACUCCUCCGAAAACUAUCACCAGCAGCUCCUCGCCAAGAGAAAGAUAGUGAAGAUGAUGGUGGUGGUAGUGGUGACCUUUGCCCUGUGCUGGCUGCCCUAUCACCUGUACUUCCUGCUGGUGGGGCUGAACCGGAGGCUGAUGCGCUGGCGGCCCAUCCAGCAGAUCUACUUGGCCGUCAUCUGGCUGGCCAUGAGCUCCACCAUGUACAACCCCAUCAUCUACUGCUGCCUCAACAACAGAUUCCGGACUGGUUUCAAGCGUGCCUUCCGCUGGUGUCCCUGCGUGUCCCUCUCGGAGCUGGAGGAGCAGGAGCUGUUGACCACGCGACGCCACACGCUCCGGCAGAGCAGCGUCUACACGCUGGCACUCACGCGCUUUGAGUCAUGCCAUGGCGAGCACGGCACCGGAGACCCCAGAGCCCUCUCCACCCACCGCAAGAGCUCGGGCGCCCGCCAGCUCAACCUCAACGGUGCCCCUCGUCCACAGCAAACACGCCUGCCGGUCAGCAGCAGCAGUUGCCAUGGAGAUGUCAUUAGUGCAAACAGUUGAGCAGUGCCAAACAGAAGACACUAAUGAG